UCUCUCCUGUAUAAAAGCACAUCUAGCAACCCAGUGUAAAACUCUUUGGCAUUUGCCCACAGUCCACAAACAGCAAAUAAAAUCAUCCUGAAAGCCAGUUUUCAGAUUAAUAGAGAAAUAUUCAUCAUGAGUGAUCAACCCAAUGCGAAUCUCAUCAAAGAGCACCUGCUCCAGCUGAAAUGCCACUUUACGUGGGACUUGAAAAUCGAAGACAUCGAAAUGCCUGAUCUAGAAAACAGGAUCUUUGAUCAGACUGAAUUCCUAGACAACCCAUGCAAAACAGCAAUGGGCAACCUGCUGGCCUAUGUGAAAUACCUGGAAGGCAAGAACCAGGAAGCCCUGGAGAGCUUGAAAGAAGCUGAGGACUUUAUCCAGCAAGAAUAUGCUGACCAAGCAGAUGUGAAAAGUCUGGUCACCUGGGGCAACUAUGCCUGGCUCUACUACCACAUGGGCAGGCUGGCAGAAGCCCAGACUUACCUCGACAAGGUAGAGAAGACAUGCAAGAAGUUGGCAAGUCCGUUCAGCCACAGAAUAGAGUGUCCUGAGCUGGACUGUGAGGAAGGGUGGGCCUUGAUGAAAUGUGGAGGACUUAAUUAUGAACGGGCCCAGGCUUGCUUUAAAAGGGCUGUGGGAUCAGACCCUGAAAAGCCUGAAUACAACACUGGCUAUGCAAUUAUAACAUACCGCCUGAACAAUAUCAAGAGAACAGGAAAUACUCUGGAUCCUCUAAAACGAGCCUGCAGAUUAGACCCAGAAAACAUGUAUGUUAAAGUUCUUCUUGGGCUGUGUCUUCAGGAUGUAGGACAAGAGGAUGAAGGAGAACAGUACAUUGAAGAAGCACUGGCCAGCAAGUCCUCACAUACCUAUAUCCUUCGGUAUGCAGCCAAGUUUUAUCGAAGAAAGGGCUCUGCGGAGAAAGCUCUUCGGCUCUUGAAAAGGGCCUUGAAGGACACCCCCACCUCUGUCCUACUGCAUCACCAGAUAGGGCUUUGCCUCAAAGGACAAAUAAUCCAACAGAAAAAGGGCUCACACUGGCAGCGCAGAUGGCAGAAUCAAGAAGAUAUUGCAGAAAUGGCGAAGUUAGCCAUCACUCAUUUGGAAUUGGCUCUGAAAUACAAGCCCACUUUUAUACUUGCUUAUAGAAAUUUAGCAGAAAUUUACGUAGAAAUAGGUGAGUACAGCAAAGCUGAAGAUACUUACCAAAAAGCGUUACAUUUACCUAUGGAAUCUCUCACAAAAGAAGAACAACAACAAUUACAUUACCACUAUGGACAAUUUCAGGAAUUCAAGAUGAAAUCUGACGUAGAUGCAAUUACCCAUUUUUUAAAAACAGUAAAAAUAGAGAAGGCAUCUUACUUAAGAGAUCAAAGUCUCAGUGCUUUGGAGAAGCAUGCCUUAAAGAAACUCCAGAAAAACGAAUCUGAUGUGGAAGGCUUGAGCCUUCUUGGUUUCGUGCAGAAGCAGAAAGGAGAAACAGAUAAGGCCCUGGAGAGCUAUGAGCGAGCCCUGAGUGUGGCUAUUGACAGUAUGAUCUCUGUGGAACUGGGACCCACAAAGCAGCAGUCCUGA